AUGCUCAGGUGGCUGGACCUCGACGGCAACCACCUCUCCGGCGGCAUCCCGCCGGAGCUCGGCGCGCUGUCGCAGCUGAGUGAACUGAACCUCCUCGGCAAUCUCUUGGACGGGCCGGUCCCGGAGACGCUCGGCCGUCUGGUGGACAUCACCUUCCUCGUCCUCGACGGCAACAACCUCACAGGCGACAUCCCCGAGGCCGUCUUCUGCAACUGCUCCGGCUUGACCGUCCUCAGCAUGAGCUUCAACUCCCUCACCGGCGACAUCCCUCUCCGGCCGCGAUGCCGCCUCCCGGCGCUGACGCAGCUCAACCUCUUCGGCAACAGGCUCACCGGCGUAAUCCCGCCGGCGCUGUCGAACAGCACGAAGCUGCAGUGGCUGCACCUGCACAACAACUCCCUCUCCGGCGAGCUGCCGCCGGAGGUGUUCCGCAGCAUCCCGGACCUCGUCUUCCUCUACCUCUCGCACAACCGCUUCUCCAGCAGCGACGGCAACACCAACCUCACGCCGUUCUUCUCCUCUCUGCUGAACUGCACCGCCUUGCUGGAGCUCGGCGUCGCGUCGAACGGCAUCGGCGGAGAGAUCCCGGCGAUCAUCGGCAACGUGUCGUCAGCCAACCUCUCCCUGCUCCUCCUGAGCGACAACGAGCUCACCGGUGCAACCCCCCCGACCAUCGGAAACCUCCUCAGCCUGACACGGCUGAACCUGUUCGACAACAUGCUGGAAGGCCCAAUCCCGCCGGAGAUACUCCGGCCGCCGCAGCUCGGCCGGCUAGACCUGUCGAACAAUCUGAUCUCCGGCGAAAUACCGCGAUCCAUCGGCGAAAGCCGGCAUCUGAACACCAUCAACCUAUCUCAGAAUAGGCUCCAUGGCAGAAUACCAGAGACAUUAUCCAACCUAACUCAGCUGGAUCAUCUUGUUCUUGAUCACAACAUGUUGUCAGGAUCUAUACCACCUGGCCUGAGAUGCAGCCUGAGACUGGAUCUUUCUUACAACAAUCUGACAGGCCAGAUUCCUUCAGAGAUUGCGACGUUGAGCAGCUUCAAGAUGUGUCUCAAUCUCUCCCACAAUCUCUUGGAUGGGCCAUUGCCAUUGGGGAUUGGAAGGAUGCAGAUGAUCGGUGCUCUUGAUCUCUCCGUGAACCACCUCUCCGGCGCGAUUCCGGCGGCGAUCGCCGGCUGCGUCGCGCUCGAGUACGUCAAUCUCUCGAGGAACUCGUUGCGAGGAGGGUUGCCGAGCUCCAUUGGAGGCCUGCCGAAUCUUCAGGUGCUUGAUGUCUCCUUCAAUGGCCUCACCGGCGCGAUUCCUCCGUCUUUGCAAGCGUCGACGGCGCUCCGGUACGCCGACUUCUCCUGCAACGAGUUCUCCGGCGAGGUGUCCGGCGAUGGAGCAUUCGUGAACCUCACCUAUGACUCGUUCGUCGGUAACCCUGGCCUGUAA